AUGGUCCUGCGUAGCACCGUGCAGCCGCCCAUCCGCGUCGCCUGCGAGUUUAGUAACCUCGCCACACCGGCUUACCACGACGCUUCUUCUGACAUGUCUGCCACGUCCAGCCCUCCGAUCGAAUCCGACGGCCCAGAUUCCUUCUUCCAGGCACAAACUACAGCGACGGCCGUCGUAGAUCGGCCCGUGCCAGCCGGCACGCCGCCGUUUGUGGCGCGGGUGGCGGCGGUGCCGUCCCCGGCGAGCAGCUCCGUGGCGGUGGAGGCGCCGCCGCGCCACACAUCGUCCAAGUACGACUUCGUCAAGCUGUUCUUGGAGCAUGUGCGCGUGUGGCUGGGGGAGAACGAGGACCAUUACUACGUGCUGUCGAGAUUCCUUAUAGCGAGGAUGCUCACCGUCACACGCAUGCCACAUGUGGUGGCCACUAAGGUGGCGUUGGAGUUGAAGAAGCUGUUGGUGGACCACGGGCUGCUGGACGUCAGUCAGGGCGACCUAGAGCGCAACCUCUUUGCUCUCAUGCGCCGCCGCGGCUACGGGGAUGACUACGUGGGGCGCUACCGCAUGAUGACCAGCUUCUACCACCGGCGCAUACCACUAGUGAUAUUCAUAACGGGGCUGCCCUGCACCGGCAAGUCCUCCGUGGCCUCGCUGCUCGCGCAGCGCCUCAACCUCCCCAACGUCCUGCAGACGGACGUGGUGUACGAGUUGCUGCAGGGCAUGCCGGAGUCCCCGCUGCACGCGCUGCCGCUGUGGGCGCGCACGGAGCUGCAGGCGGAGGACGAGGUGGUGGCGGAGUUCUGCCGCGAGUGCAAGAUCAUCCGCAAGGGGCUGGAGGGCGACUUGAGCAAGGCGCUGAGGGAGGGCAAGCCGGUGAUCAUCGAGGGCACGCACAUCGACCCCGACGCCAACUUCCUCUCCUUCUCCUCCACGCCACCGCCCCCUCCGGUUCCAAUGCCCCCAUCACCGCACGCACACCCCGCCACGCCACCACCACAGCCAGGCGCCGCGCCCUCUGCUGCUUGGGGAACAAGCACUGACGGUGGCGGCGGUGGUGGGGGGGAAGGGGAGACGGGGUGUGGCAGGGAGGCGGGCGCGGAUGACCCAAUGGAGGUGGAGAGCAGCGAGCAAUGCCAGCGACGGGAGGCAGCGGCGGCGUCAGGAGGAGAGAGAACGAGGCUGCGGCCUAUUGUUGUCCCCAUCGUGCUGCACAUGCACCCAGCGGACCACAAGGUGCACUGCCACUCGCACUCACUGCACCCUUCACACACCACUCGCAUGCUCGCCCACUCGCUCACAGUCAAUCCUGUCUGCGUUCUCUGCCUGCCCUGCCUCUGCCUGCCCUGCCUCUGCCUGCCCUGCCUCUGCCUGCCCUGCCUCUGCCUGCUCGGCGGCUGGUUUCUGCUGCGCCCCCCUUGGGUGCCCGUGGAGGCGCUGCUGUCUCGCAUGCACGCUGUGCAGCGAUACCUUACCUCCUUCCGCUCCCAGGGAGUGCACGUGGCUGACAUCUCCUCCACCUCCUUCCCUCGCACCAUAGACAACCUGCACGCACACCUGCUGGCGUGCAUAGAACAGCGCUGCCAGGAGGAUGGAUGGGGCACACAGGGGGACGAGCAGCAAUAA